CCGGAAGUUGAGGCAUUCGAGCUGAACGGGAAUUCCUUCCGAAACAACCCAGUAUCACCCUGCCCAUGUGUUAAGCAAGCAGUGAUGUGAAUUCCCCACAGGCUGCUGUUUCUAUAGAGAACAACUCUGCCAGCACACAAAUUCUUCCUCAAAACCUGAAAUCUGUAUCUGCCUCUAGUAACUCCUCAGCCUCCAGAUCCUGAGAACCCAGUAUAAACUUGUGUCCAUCCCCAAGAUCACUGUAGGAAUCAUGAGGUACCCUGUGUGUCACCUGCUCAAACAGGCCCCUGGCCGCUUAACUCAGCCAUCGGUGGUAGUCAUGUGCCACAAAUGAAGAAAAUUCACUUUUUGAGAAGAAAGUAAUUCCUUGUUGCAGCCACUGGCGUCUUACUCUGGAGGUGGUCCAGGUAAUUGGAACUGAGGCCACUUUUGUGACGGCAUUGUGGUUAGCAACAUGUCUCCUCCCAGAACAAGGGAAAGCAGGGAUCACCAAGACCACCGCCAAGCUCCCAGGGAGGAAGAGGCCCUAGAGAAAUGGGACUGGCAUUGUCCAGAGACACGUCGCCUCUUGGAAGAUGCUUUCUUCCGUGAAGAGAAUUGUAUCCGUCAGGGUUCGGAAGAGUGCCAGAAGUUCUGGACCUUCUUUGAACGCCUGCAGAAAUUCCAGAAUCUCAAGACUUCCAGAAAGGAGGAGAAAGAGUCUGGGCAUCCCAAGCACAGUGUUCCAGCACUGGCUGACCUGCCUCACACGUAUGAUCCUCGUUACCGCAUCAACCUCUCUGUCCUUGGUCCUGACAUGCGAGACUCUCGGGGGCCAGGCAGGCACCUGCCCCCAGAGAGAGUGUCCGAGUUCCGCCGAGCCCUGUUGCACUACUUAGACUUUGGCCAGAAACAGGCAUUUGGGCGGCUGGCCAGACUGCAGCGAGAGCGGGCAGCACUGCCCAUUGCCCAGUAUGGGAGCCGCAUCCUAAAGACAUUGCGGGAGCAUCAGGUGGUGGUGGUGGCUGGUGACACGGGCUGUGGCAAGUCCACCCAGGUGCCUCAGUACCUUCUGGCUGCUGGCUUCAGUCAUGUGGCAUGCACCCAGCCCCGGCGAAUUGCCUGCAUCUCAUUGGCCAAGCGUGUUGGAUUUGAGAGUCUCAGUCAAUAUGGCUCACAGGUCGGCUACCAGAUCCGCUUUGAGAGCACACGUUCAGCAGCCACCAAGAUUGUGUUCUUGACGGUGGGGUUGCUUCUGCGGCAAAUCCAGCGGGAGCCCAACCUGCCCCAGUAUGAGGUCCUGAUCGUGGAUGAGGUCCAUGAGCGGCACCUCCACAACGACUUCCUCUUAGGUGUCCUCCGGCGCCUGCUGCCCAAGCGGCCUGACCUCAAGGUCAUCCUCAUGUCAGCCACCAUCAACAUCUGCCUGUUCUCCAGCUAUUUCAGUAAUGCCCCUGUGGUGCAGGUGCCUGGGAGGCUGUUCCCCAUCACGGUUGUGUACCAGCCACAGGAGGCAGAGCCAGCUACAUCCAAGUCAGAGAAGCUGGACCCUCGGCCUUUCCUGAGGGUGCUAGAGGCCAUUGACAACAAGUACCCCCCUGAGGAGCGGGGUGACCUUCUCGUUUUCCUCAGCGGCAUGGCAGAGAUCAGCGCCGUACUUGAGGCUGCCCAGACCUAUGCCAGCCACACCCAGCGCUGGGUAGUGCUGCCGCUGCACAGCGCCCUAUCUGUGGCCGACCAGGACAAGGUGUUUGAUGUGGCACCCCCUGGAGUCAGAAAAUGCAUCCUUUCCACCAACAUUGCUGAGACAUCAGUCACCAUUGAUGGGAUCCGCUUUGUAGUAGAUUCUGGGAAAGUGAAGGAGAUGAGCUACGACCCACAGGCUAAGCUUCAGCGGCUGCAAGAGUUCUGGAUCAGUCAGGCCAGUGCGGAGCAGCGGAAGGGCCGGGCAGGCCGGACAGGACCCGGAGUCUGCUUCCGCCUCUAUGCUGAGUCGGACUAUGAUGCUUUCGCCCCCUAUCCUGUUCCAGAAAUUCGAAGGGUGGCCCUGGAUGCAUUGGUGCUGCAGAUGAAGAGCAUGAAUGUGGGGGACCCUCGAACCUUCCCUUUCAUUGAGCCACCCCCACCAGCCAGCCUAGAAACUGCCAUCCUCUACCUCCGGGACCAGGGAGCCCUGGACAGCUCAGAGGCACUCACUCCCAUUGGGUCCCUGCUGGCCCAGCUGCCUGUGGACGUUGUGAUUGGGAAGAUGCUGAUCCUGGGCUCCAUGUUCAGCCUGGCGGAGCCUGUGCUAACCAUCGCAGCUGCCCUCAGCGUCCAGUCGCCCUUUACCCGCAGUGCCCAGAGCAGCCCGGAGUGCGUGGCAGCACGGCGGCCACUGGAGAGUGACCAGGGUGACCCCUUCACACUCUUCAACGUCUUCAAUAGCUGGGUGCAGGUGAAAUCUGAACGGAGCAGAAACUCACGCAAGUGGUGCCGUCGCCGAGGCAUAGAGGAGCACCGGCUCUACGAGAUGGCCAACCUGCGGCGCCAGUUCAAGGAGCUAUUGGAAGAUCAUGGGCUGCUGGCUGGGGCCCAGGCCACAAAGGCAGAGGACAGCUACAGUCGGUUGCAGCAACGCCGUGAGCGCCGGGCGCUGUACCAGCUGAAGCGCCAGCAUGAGGAGGGUGAGGGGCGCAGGCGCAAGGUGCUGCGGCUGCAGGAGGAGCAGGCUGGCUGCUCUAGCGAUGAGGAUGGGGCCGGCCCAGCUUCCCGGAGUUCUGCGGACAGUGUGGACAUCCAGGAUGUGAAGUUUAAGCUUCGGCACAACCUGGAGCAGCUACAGGAGGCUGCCAGCUCAGCCCAGGACCUGACCCGUGACCAGAUGGCCCUGCUCAGGCUGGUGCUGGGCCGGGGCCUCUACCCCCAGCUGGCCAUCCCGGACGCGUUCAACAGUGGCCGCAAAGACUCUGACCAGAUCUUCCACACCCAGGCCAAGCAGGGCACCGUGCUGCACCCGACCUGUGUUUUCUCCAGCAGCCCUGAGGUGCUGCACACACGAGAGCCGGAGGCUAGGGGCUGCGAAGGGAGCCGAGAGGACAAGGACAAGAUGAGCAGCAAGCACCAGCUCCUCACCUUUGUCUCCCUGCUGGAGACCAACAAACCAUACCUGGUGAACUGUGUCCGCAUCCCCGCCCUCCAGUCCCUCUUGCUGUUUAGCCGGUCCCUGGAUACCAAUGGUGACUGCUCCCGCCUGGUGGCCGAUGGCUGGCUAGAGCUGCAGCUGGCAGAUAGUGAGAGUGCCGUGCGGCUCCUGGCAGCUUCCCUGAGGCUCCGUGAGCGCUGGGAAAGUGCUUUGGACCGGCAACUGGCUCAUCAGGCCCAGCGGCAGCGGAAGCUAGAGGAGGAGGAAGAGAAUGAGACUCUGCCCAUCAGCCCCAAGGAGGUGGCAGCUCUGAGCAGGGACCUGCUGCAGUUUAUGGCAUCCAAGGUGCCCUACAGCCUUAGGCGGCUCACAGGGCUUGAAACCCAGAACCUCUAUGUGGGACCCCAGACCAUCACAGCUGCCCCCAAUCUCCCAGGUCUCUUUGGCAGCUCCACGCUGUCCCCCCACCCCACCAAGGGGGGCUACACAGUCACUGACUUCCUCACCUACAACUGCCUCACGAGUGACACGGACCUGUACAGUGACUGCCUGCGCACCUUCUGGACCUGCCCCCACUGCGGCCUGCACAUGCCCUUUACGCCCCUGGAACGCAUCACUCACGAGAACACCUGCCCCAAGGCCCUGCAGGACGGGCCCCCAGGGACUGAGGAAGAUGCCUCUGAGCCCCUCCAGAAGGCAUCUGCCCUGCAGAGGCCCUACCACUGCGAGCACUGCCAAAAGGACUUUCUCUUUACACCCACGGAGGUGCUACGGCACCGAAAGCAGCAUUUGUGAGCAGGCUGGGAGCCUGCCAGGGGUGGGAGCAUCGGCCCACAAGCCUGCAUGUCCUCCAGCUCAGGCCUAGGGCCAGGACUCCUGCCUGAACUCUCAGCCUAGGCUCAGUGCUGUGAUCUGGUCCCAGCCCAGAGGAAGGGAGUGUGGACAUAUAAAUAAUGCCUUUUCUAGGGACUCAGGAUGCAGCAGCUGCCCUCUGCUAGUCCUCCCAGGUCUGGCACUCAUCUCUCCUCCUGCAUGUGCCAGCUCAGGGGUCCUAGGUUGGCACUAACAGGGACUUCCCACUGACCCAGGUGCAGGAUUUUAGCAGUCCUUGGCAGCUACUUUCUCCUGAGUCUGUCCUCACAGUCUCUGCUUCCCCUUGACCUAGGGAGACCUCAACCACCUGGGUUGCUUUGAGAUUUGGGCAGGUGCUAAUGUUCACAUGGGACCACAGGCUGCCCUGUGAGACCCCCGGGGGAUCCCAUGGGCUGUUCUCAGAUAUGCGUGCUAGACUCCAGCGCCACGCCUCCCCCCGCCCUGCCCUUCUCUGCUUCACCCCCUACACUCACCUGCAGGCCCCACCCUGCCCUGCCACGCCUCCCCUGCAGUCACCUCCUGGUGAGCUCAUCCAGGCCCACAGUCUCUCCCUAGGCCUGGCUGCUCCCCUGAGCCUCAGCUCCCGUGUCCAGCUGCCUCCUGGAUACUGACAUUUGCAGUCUAACAAGAGUCUAAGCCCAUUGCUGGUUCUAGUUUCCUGUUCUUCCCUGGGACAUCCUCAUCUUAGCCUAAUGCUUUUUAACUGAUGUACCAUCCAAUUGGUCAUGUAUUAUUCGUUAUUUUCUAUCUAAGAUAGAGCUUAUGAGACCCAAAAUGCUAGGCAUCUCUGCCAUGCUCAGUCAACUGAGUCAGGCCUGAGUCCUUAACAUCCUCCUGACGCUUGCCUCUCAGCAUAUUGGCACUCUGAGUCAUUGGCUCCACCUUCAUACUCAUCCAUAAUUGAACCUCUCAGCCCUUCGUCUCAUGGCCCUACCAUUAGUCACUGCCAUCCCACACCGGACCACAGCAGCUCUGCCUCACCUGUCUCCCUGCUUCUAUCAUCUGUUUUCCAUAUAGGUCACCUGUACAGGUACUGGGAAUGGGACUUCAAAACGUAGGGAGGGGACAGACGUCCACCUAAAACACUCCUUCUAAUCCACCUGAGGGAUAAAGCACAAAAACACUACUACCCUUCUCUGCUCAGAAUUUCUCCAGGAUAAUCAAAUAUUAUUCAGCAAUAAAAGAAACAAAGCGGUGACCCAUGCCAUCGUGUGGGUGAAGCUGCAGCACCUGGUGCUAAGAGGUGGAACUGGCAUAGAGGAAGAGCUUGGGCUCUGGUCAUAGGCUGGAGACGCUCAGAACUGGGAGAUAGAAAUGCGACUGGCAGUUACCAGGGGCUUGAGAGGAAGGUCAUUGUGGGGCACAGCAUUUAUUUUUAGGGUCCUGAAAAUGUUAUAGGAUUAAUUAGUUGGGUGCACAACUCUGCAAAUAUACUAAGUGUACUAAUUGUACACUUAAGUGGGUGAA